CUUAGAAACUCUCCCCACACUUGUCACUUGUCUCGUGAACAUCGUAUAUAGCCUGAAUACCAAUGAUCUCGCUACUGAGGCCGAAUGUUCUAAUUUAUUUCCCAUAUCUAGCUGCCAUCCCGCCCUGAGUCUAAGAGUCUAUUUCGAGCCUCCAGCUAACCCCCACAUCCCUCGAAUUCAUAUUAGCACCAGCAACAACUUGACAACUGUAGCAAACACCACCAUGGCCGACGAGAUCUCCUUCCUGCCACUCGGCGCUAUUAUCCAAUCCUUUAAGGUUGGUGGUCUUAACAUUGUCCAAGGCUUCCCGACCCAAGAGCUUUAUGCCGAGCAUAACAGCUCGCACUUUGGCGCCACAAUUGGCCGUGUCGCAAACCGCAUCUCGGGCGCCAAGGUCGAGGGUUUGAACGGAGGAAAGUCAUAUAGCUUCGUUGCCAACAACGGACCGAAUACCCUGCACGGCGGAAAUGUGGGCUGGGGUAAGCGGGUAUGGAAGGGUCCGACCCCGGUGGGCGUCCGCAAGAACAUUCCCGGAAUCGAGGGCGAGCUUAAGGGUGGAGAGACCGUCGAGUUCUCGCUUAUAAGUGAAGACGGAGAUGAAGGGUUCCCCGGUGAGGUUCUAGUCAAGGUCUUCUAUACGGCCGGUAAGGUUACCGAGAACGGAAGAGAGGUCACAGUUCUUAGCCAGGAAUACGAGGCUGAGCUAGUAGGAGGUGCGGAGGAAACUAUCAUCAACAUGACAAACCAUUCGUACUUUAACCUCUCGGGCAAGCCAACUAUCGAGGGAACCGUGGUCCAACUUUGUACCAAUUCAUAUCUCCCUCUCGAUGAGUGGGGUAUCCCAACCACCGGACCAACUGCGUACUCCAAAGUCGCAACAACGACUCCUUUCACCCUCGGCGCCCAGGAGCCGGAUUUCGACGACUGCUUCAUCGUCGAUCCCGCCGCUUCUCCCAGCUCUGUGCCGAUAGACACACGAGGUCUUCCUCUCACUAAACUUGUUUCCGCUCACCAUCCAGAAAGCAAAAUCCACCUAGAGGUUCUUAGCACGGAGCCCGCAUUCCAGUUCUAUACCGGCAAGUGGAUUGAUGUGCCGGCUGUAGGCGGAGCUCCCGCGCGCGGGCCGCGCAGCGGUUUUUGCGUGGAACCCAGCCGGUUUGUAAAUGCUAUUAACGUUGAUGAUUGGCGGAGCCAGCAGCUUCUAAAGAAGGGUGAGAAAUACGGAGCCCGGAUCGUGUACAAGGCAUGGAAAGAGUAAUCAGCACUCCAAUGGUGAUGGAUAACAAGAGGUUAUUGGAAGACGGGAGCCGCUUAUAUGUGUUAUAUUAGCCACUCAAAUCUAAUUGAAUAUCUACAA